UGGACCUGGUAGUCAGCUGGAGAGCAGCAUGGAGGCGUCCUGGGGGAGCUUCAACGCUGAGCGGGGCUGGUAUGUCUCUGUCCAGCAGCCUGAAGAAGCGGAGGCCGAAGAGUUGAGUCCGUUGCUAAGCAACGAACUUCACAGACAGCGAUCCCCAGGUGUUUCAUUUGGUUUAUCAGUGUUUAAUUUGAUGAAUGCCAUCAUGGGAAGUGGCAUCCUUGGCUUAGCUUAUGUUAUGGCUAAUACCGGUGUCUUUGGAUUUAGCUUCUUGCUGCUGACAGUUGCUCUCCUGGCUUCUUACUCAGUCCAUCUUCUGCUUAGUAUGUGUAUUCAGACAGCUGUAACAUCUUAUGAAGAUCUUGGACUCUUUGCAUUUGGAUUACCUGGAAAGUUGGUGGUGGCAGGCACCAUAAUAAUUCAGAAUAUUGGAGCUAUGUCAUCUUAUCUUUUAAUUAUUAAAACAGAGCUUCCUGCUGCUAUUGCAGAAUUUUUGACUGGAGACUAUAGUAGAUAUUGGUAUCUUGAUGGACAAACACUACUAAUAAUCAUAUGUGUUGGCAUUGUGUUCCCUCUUGCACUUCUUCCCAAAAUAGGCUUUCUUGGCUACACAAGUAGUUUAUCAUUUUUCUUUAUGAUGUUCUUUGCUCUUGUGGUAAUAAUUAAAAAAUGGUCCAUCCCUUGUCCUCUGACAUUAAAUUAUGUAGAGAAAGGCUUCCAGAUUUCAAAUGUUACAGAUGAUUGUAAGCCAAAGCUCUUUCAUUUCUCCAAAGAGAGUGCUUAUGCCUUACCAACCAUGGCUUUUUCAUUUCUCUGCCAUACCUCAAUAUUGCCCAUAUACUGUGAACUUCAAAGUCCUUCAAAGAAAAGAAUGCAGAAUGUUACCAAUACAGCAAUUGCUUUAAGUUUUCUCAUUUAUUUUAUAUCUGCACUCUUUGGGUACCUCACUUUUUAUGACAAAGUGGAGUCAGAAUUACUAAAAGGUUAUAGUAAAUACUUAUCACAUGAUGUUGUUGUCAUGACUGUGAAGUUAUGCAUACUAUUUGCUGUGCUUUUGACAGUCCCUCUAAUCCACUUCCCUGCCAGAAAAGCUGUAACAAUGAUGUUUUUCUCCAAUUUUCCAUUCUCAUGGAUUCGCCAUUUUUUGAUCACUCUAGCACUCAAUAUUAUCAUCGUUUUACUUGCAAUAUAUGUUCCUGACAUUAGAAAUGUAUUUGGUGUAGUUGGUGCCAGUACAUCAACAUGUUUGAUUUUUAUAUUCCCAGGACUAUUUUAUCUUAAACUUAGCAGAGAGGAUUUUCUCUCAUGGAAAAAGUUUGGGGGUCUCAUUCUGUCGCACAGGUUGGCGUGCAGUGGUGUGAUCUCAGCUCACUGCAACCUCUGCCUCCUGGACUCAAGCAAUCCUCCCACCUCAGCCUCCAGAGUAGCUGGGACUACAGGAAGAGAUACCAUGGAGAUGUGCACCCAGAGGAAAGGCCACGUAAGGACACAGCAAGAAGGCAACUGUUUACAAGCCAAGGGAAGAGGCCUCAGGAGAACCAAACCUGUCCACACCUUGAUCUUGCACUUCCCAACCUCCAGAACUGUGAGCAAAUAAAUGAUGUUGUUUAAACCA